GCAAUCCACUGGUGGAAAAGGGCACUGGCAAGCAGGCACGCGCAGGCCCCCAUGUGUGUGUACAGCCCACCCCAUCCAGGGGUCAACCCCCCAAUUCUUUCUGUGCCUAGAUGCUGAAGCCCCUGGUGGAGAAACGCCGCCGGGACCGCAUCAAUAGGAACCUGGAGGAGCUGCGCCUACUUCUCCUGCAGAGAACCCACUGCCAGGCCCUGAAGAAUCCCAAAGUGGAGAAGGCCGAGAUUCUGGAGCUUGCUGUGGGAUACCUGCAGGAGAGGAACAUGGCUAAACCCCAGGGAGGGGAUCCCUCGGAAGACAGCGGCCUGCAGACCUGCUACGCCAUGGGCUUCCGGGCGUGUUUUGGGCACCUGGCGGCCUUCAUCCAGCAAACUCACCCGUCGCUCCAGAGCCACUUAUGGGAGACGCUGCAUGUUUAUCUCGCAUCCAAGGCGGAACUGUCACCCCAGGACUGGAGCUUUGCCAUGCUUUCUCCCGGCUCUUCCUCCGAGGGAUCGCCGGCCAGGACCCCCGAGGCUUUCUGCUCACUGUUGCAGCUAAACAGAACUUUCCCGAGCUCAGACCUGCCUUCCUCCAGCACGGGACGACUGGGGAGCCAACAGAGACACCCCCACCCUCCCAAAAACGAUGCCUUGGCCCAAAGCAUCUCCCCGCUGCCCCCUUUCUGGCGUCCUUGGCCCUAGAGCAAAGAUAUUCCCUCCCCCCUCGGCCCGUCCUUUUGGCUCCUUCAAGAAUAAAAUCCCAAACGGUGAUGUUGCAAUUUACAGCUGUCAUGAAAGGUUCUCCUGCUGGCUGAUUUCAUAGGGACUAGUGGCUUGGAUUCACACAUUGCCCAGAGCCAGGUGACGGUUUGUCUGGCUGAAUGCGUUGUGGGGUCCUAGCCAUUGGAGUGAUUUAGAAACCCUGGUUUAUGCACAGUCAGUUGGCUUCAUCCGUACUCCCUGGUUUUGAAAAUGAAGGUUUAGCAUAAUCUGGGAACUCACAUACACCUAGUGCUGGGUUCAUUUCUUUCAAAAAUUCUUUUCUUUCAGAAGUUGCUUUUAAAGGGUUUAAAUGCUAGUG